GCGGCCAUCAUGGCGAAGUUGACCGAGACAGAGGUCCCUCACAAUGUUUGCUAAUAGGCGCUAAUAUUUGCUGGUGGGCGCUUAUCAGCGACACUUGGAGUUGAAGUAUGGAAGGUACAUCAGAAGACCUACAGUUGUGGAAACACAAGUUGGAUGAGAUUGUGACUUUGUCAAGUCAGCUGCAACCUGGAGAUCACAAAGUUGCAAAGAAAUUUUGGUAUGCAGCACUCAAGCAAAUCCAGACUUUAUGGAACAAGUCUUCACCAGUACAAAUUUCUGAGCGUGGUGUAGAUGGGCAACUUCCUGGAGAUGAAUCUUCAACUGAAAAUACUACAUGUCAUCUGUUUACUGACUGGAAGAGGAACAUUCAGCAACCCAAGAUAGAGCUCCCAGUCAUUAACAGGAAAAUGAACAAAGAAGUAAAACAUAAUCAUCGAAGGAUGAGUAAUGAAGAACAUAGUGUGAAGAAUGAGGUAAAGCAAGAACCAAUUAAUACUCAGGAAUGGGAAAGCCAAGACAGGACUAAAAACAAUGACCCUAAUGAGGUACAGUCAGUUCACUUGAUGAUAUCUGCUGAUCCAAUUCUCGUGCCAAAUAUGAAUAAAUUCCGAAGAGUUUAUAAAAAUGAAGUAACUGGCAAGACAGAGACUGCGUACCAGUGUGAAAAGUGCCCUAAGCAGUGUCGAACAGCUUUAGCUUUGUAUAAACACAGGUCAUCUCACACCAAAAGUUUGGAAUGCUCAAUUUGCCACCAAAGACUGUCAAACCGCCAUGCACUUAAUGUACACAAAAGAACUCAUACUGGAGAGCGGCCAUAUGAGUGUACAAAAUGUUCCUCCAGAUUUACAACACGUGGUAACCUUGCCCGCCACCUAGCUAGCCAUGAUGGAGAGAAGCCUUGGCAGUGUUCAGUUUGUGCUAAAAGAUAUACUGAGAAGAAGUCCCUCAAAGUUCAUUUACGCACUCAUACUGGAGAGAAGCCGUAUGCGUGCACACAAUGUCCCAAAAGGUUUUCACAAUCCGGAAUUCUUCAGGCACACAUGUUAAUACACACGGACCAGUUUGCUCAUUUGUGUGACAUUUGUGGACGCUCCUUCAGACAGCGAUCUCAGCUUAUAACACACCACCUUCGUCAUGAGGGAGUUCGUCCAUUUGCUUGUCCAGAAUGUGAAAGGAGAUUUACUACGAAAGGAGACAUGGACAGACAUCUUAGAAUACACACUGGAGAACGACCGUUCCACUGUGAUGUAUGCGGCUCCUCAUUUGCCCGGCCCCAGACUCUUCAGGAACACAAAAAUCGUCACUUUAACUUUAAGCCUUAUGUGUGCAAAAUAUGCAGCAAAAAAAUGAAACAUCAUAUAUUUGUUAUUCACACAGCUGACACUGAAGAAACAGAACUUAUCACCAUUGCUGAGCCUUCAAAUUCUCACUGUGAAAAUGGUCAGAGUCCAGGGUCAGCAGUAUCUUGUGAAGGAUGUGGCACAUUGAUGUCCUCUGUUUCAGUGCUGAGAAAACAUGCAGUACACUGCAGAGUUCAGCAGGAAGGAUUGGCAGAGUGGCUGGUUCAAAGACGCGGAACUAAUGCUAAUAAUAGUAUAGAAAACACUGUUGGAGAUGAAAAUGAAGAUGACGGGGAGGAGACAGGUGGAGAACUCAAAUGUGUUGAAGAAGUAGAUGGGACUAACCUGAGUCAUGCAGUUACCAUCAGUGAAGAUGGUAGCAUAACCUCUGUGCCACUUUCUCAACUUGCACCAAUACAUCUUCAGAUAGAAAGUAAGUAGGUGUUAGUUGACUGUUGUGGUU